CCCUUUUCUACUUCGCGGUCAUGUCCCUCUUCUCGGCCACUGGACUCUUCAAAGAGGAGAAGGAGCAGGACGACAUAUCAACAGACCUCGACGAGAAAUGUGUCCCAUUCUCACUCGACGCUUGUCGAUUCUGUGCCGAACCAUGUGAUGAAGACCACCUGGAGUAUCCGGCAAAGCUCGACGUGGAUCAGACUCCUGGCAUGUUCGGGUCGGUCAAGCCCUAUGCACGCCAAAUUGUUAUCUCAACCGGCAAGACCGACUGGCCACGGGAGAUCACCGAGGAGGAGGACAGCCUCGCACAGCACGUCGCUCAGGUGAACGCAUGGCGGACGCUGGAGCGACAGGUCAAUGCUGCCUCUGAGGCAGCUCAUGGUGCUGAAAAGCAGCUGGUGAAUGGCUUGGCCAAGUUGUCGCUGGACGACGGUACAACGGCAGUUCCUACGCCAACAGACGCACAUCCGCCGAUCCUGGAGCCUUCUCCAGUCAACCACGAUGAACAUCCAAAGUGGGACGGGGUUUGGCAGUCGCAGGAUCCAUCCGCCUCUCGUCUAUCCAUCCUCAACGGCUCCCACACCGCUUCCGAGGAUGGGAUGGCUAACGUUCUCAUCUUCCCGGACUACAAAAUGGUUCGAGUGGAGGAAGGCCGGGAAGGCGCCGAGACACUAUGGGAGAAUGCAUUGAACCCGGACCUACGUCUGGCCGGUAAGGGCUCCGAGCACGAGAGCAAAUCAUACCUGUUGCCCUACUCUUGUGUGAUUCUUCUAUGCUCACAUAAGCGACGCGAUAACCGUUGUCACAUUGUCGCCCCCAAGCUCUUACAAGCUUUCACUUCUCAGCUUGAGUACGAGGGAUGGCAAGUGGAUCACAACAUCGAUGAGAACUAUGAUGACUGGGGUGAUUCGCUGGAGUCUAUCACGGGCCUCACUCAAGACGAACGUGAGAUGAUCGUCGAGAAGCGUCUGGCGGACCCCGAGCGUCGCGAGAAUAAACGCGUGCUCAUCCUUCGCAGCUCUCACGUCGGCGGGCAUAAGUAUGCUGGCAACGUCAUCCUCGCCUUCCCCACCCGUGCUAUGGUCUGGUACGGCCGUGUGACACCACAUGAAGUUGCAUCCAUCGUCAAGAACACAAUCACGGACGGCAAGGUGUUGCCGAAACUAAUGCGCGGCGGCAUGAACCUCUCCCGGAAGUGUGGAAAGCGUACAUUGCUGGAAUGGUAAAACGCCUUCUUGUUGAGUGAAGUAAUGAAGGCGGACUUGUUGGCUAGUUGGGGUAAUAUUUCGGCAUUGUAAAGUAGUAGAGGAUCUC